AUGACCGAGCCCGACCCGUAUAUUUCUUAUUCCCCUGUAAGGGUUAGCUUACACCGGUACGUUCAGGAACAGCAAGCAGAAAAUCAAGCAGAGCUGUGGAGACAGACGUUGGAAAAUGAACGGUUGGCGAGGGAGAAGACACUAGAAUCGGCCGUACUGGCCGACUUUUACCGGUACAAGCCCAUCCAGAAUUACUACGAGUCGCGCGUGCUCGUUCUCAAGGCCGGCAAGAAAACAGACAAGCUGGCGGGUAGUCUCGAAGACAUGUGGAUCGAUGGCAACGGGCCGCGCUACUCGGCACUCUCCUAUGUCUGGGGCGAGCCUAAGUUUAAUGAUGUGAUCCUCAUCGAUGGGAAAAGACUGGCCAUCACAAACAGUCUCGGUAACGCCCUACGGCGGCUCCGUCCUGUUGCCGGACAACCUCCGCUACGAAUCUGGAUCGACCAAAUAUGCAUCAACCAGAGCGACUCGAUCGAGCGGAGCCAACAGGUCCGGCUCAUGCAUGCUAUUUUCCGGGACGCACACCGAGUUCUCGUAUGGCUUGGUGCAGAUCCCGAAGGCCACGGACCCCGAGCCUUUCAGCUUGCAAACGCCCUACGUUCCAUUUUCGAGGACAAACUUCUUUCGAGCCUCUGCAAGUCGAAAGGGGCGAAUCUUGAUUGGAUUCCUGUCGAAAAUUGGAAAUCUCUGCGGGAGCUCAGCAGACUACCUUGGUUUCGCAGGGCUUGGAUCCCUCAGGAGAUUGGGACGGACGCUGAAGCAAUCGUCCAUUGGGGUUCGGAGAGCAUCCAUUCUGUCACGGUGCUGUUUGGGCGGUUUGUUGAGCGGCCACGAGAGGAGCCCGAGGGACGAGCACGGCACAGUUUCGUUUACCAACUGUGCUUGAGUGCUAGGAACUUGGCCACGGAUCCUCGAGACUAUGUCUUCUCACAGCUUGGCCACUACUCGGCAUGGAUCAAAGCUGAGCAGGCGCUCAUCAUCCAGCCCGACUAUGACAACACCAUUGCGGCUGUCUACCACGAGAUUGCCAUCCGCGCACUGACUGUUGAUAGCACUUUGAUGCUGCUGAACAGUGUGUCGGACAAUGGGGAGACUAGGCCACCACUUCCGGGACCAAAAGCACUACCGAGCUGGGUGCCGCGGUGGGACGCGGGGAGAUUUCACAGCCUUAUAGGUCACCCUGGGCGCUACAAAACAUCCGGCUCGACCAAGUCGUUGAUCACAAAGGAUUCGUUCGAGGAUAACUACGACACUUUGUUAGUCGAGGGCCUCGUUGUUGACACCAUUGACAAGGUUACCGCCAAAUUCACCUCGAGCUGCUUCAACUCGGAGUCUCCCAAGAAGGAGGUUAUCCAGACUGCAUGGCGUUGCUGUCGGCCUCCUAAGCCCACGCCUGGCCAGAGUUCCAAACACGAGCCCUCCAAGUGGUCCACCCAGGGAACAUACCAGAACGACGCCUCUGUACCGGCUCUCAAGGCAUUCCUCGACACUUUCGCCCCAUCCGCACUCUUCGGUCAUAUCUCGUCUCCUUCGAGUUCUUCGACACCGCGCGACAUUGCCGACGCCGCAUACGCUUCAGGCAUCUCGGUGUUAUCCAAAUUGUUUCCCGCUGCCGCGUUCAGCACUAAACACGACCCGCGCAAGCCUCCCAAUAGCGAGGCAACGCCGGCAAGAGAGCCCCCCAAGCCAAACCCGACUGCGUGGCUACAGGCGGCAGAGGGCCACGCCGUGCAUCGCUGCUUCGCCGUGACGGAGGAGUCGCGCUACUUUGCGAUGGUGCCGCCUACGACCAAGACGGGCGAUCUCCUGUGUAUUUUGCGGGGAGGCGAAACACUGUAUGUGCUGAGGCUCGAUCCAAAGGACGCUGAUAAGCGGACUUUCAUUGGCGAGGCGUAUGUCCCGGGUUUGAUGGAGGACGCCUCGGGGCUGUUUGGGACUGGGACCGGGAUGGAGCUGGAGAGGUUUCGGUUGCGAUAG